AUGAAGCACGGUCUCAAGAUGCGCAAGCUGCAGCGAACCAGCUCGCACCGCCAUGCGCUGCUCCGUAACUUGGUCUCGGCCCUCCUCCACCACGAGAUGAUCAAAACGACCGUUCCAAAGGCCAAGGAGGCCGCGCGCAUGGCCGAGAAGAUCAUCACCCUCGGCAAGAAGGGCACGAAUGUCGCGCGCUCCAACGCCCAGGCCUUCCUCAUGCCCGCGCACCACUACGCCGCAGACGCCUACAACGCGCCCGUGACCCCUACCCUUCCCCCUUCCGCGCUCGAGAGCGCCGACCCCGAGAACUUUGUUCCCAACACAUCGCUGCUUCCCAAAGUGUUUGGACAGCUUGCAGAGCGCUAUGCCGAGCGGCCGGGCGGGUAUACGCGUAUCCAGAGGUUCGGGAAGCGGCCAGGAGACAACGCGCCAGUUGCGAUUUUGUCGCUUGUUGAUGGGCCGCGCGAUCUGAAGUUUGAGAUGGCCGCGCGGGCGGCUGCCAGGGACAGCCUUACGAGCGGCGUGCUUCCCAGGACGAGGAGGAGCGUUCAGCGUGUGCUCAAGUACCGCGGAGACGAGGGGAAGGCCGAGUUCGACGCACUGAAACAGGACUAUUCGCUCCGCCUCCGCGCCGAGGGCGACGAAUCCUACCCCGAGCUCGGACACCAGCGCGACGGCCCACCCGCCCGCUUCAAGUUCCGGCCUCACUCGUUCACCAAGCCGCAGCACGGACGCAAGCUCAUGGCCGGUGAGCGUCUGGCCGGUGUGCCGAUCCACCACACUGGAUUGGGGAUUGCGCGUGGUGCCCUUGGACGAAACCCCAAGCCCGUCAAGCAGCUGUUUGCGAGCGAGGUGCAGAAGGCGGACAUCACCAAGGUCGACUAG